AUGGGGCGGAGUGUCGCGCGUACACAAACAUCCAAAAGGCUGCCUGCGCACGAGCGCUGUGCAGACAGUGGCACUUCCGCACUACUCUUUGGACCGGGCACGUCGUCAGGGGAGAGCUUGGAAGCUAAAGCCCCUCUCGAAAUGAAACAAAAACACUCUCAUUAUGAUAUGAGAGCAGAUCUUUGGGUGGAAUCCGAGGCGAUCCACAAACGGAAAGAAAAUUUCCGUAAAUUGCGAAAUACAAAUUACGAUAUAGUAUAUGGACAGACGACAUGACAUCACUGACAAAAUUCUAAAUAUUUUGUUUAUAAAGAAAAAUAAGAUAUAAGUAUAUGUAGCUAUGUAGUUCUCUUACGCUUGGGGUAUUUUUUUAUAUCCAAUGCUAUCUUCUUUUAUUGCGCCCUAUAUAAAUUAUAUUUGCGGUAUGUAAUUCUAAGAGAAAAUCGAGAUAAGGAUAUGGGUAAUGACUUUUCUACGGAACAAAUAUUUGCUGAGGUUGAUACAAAUCCUUUUUUUUUAUAUCUGUGACAAAAUGCAUACUUCCAUGUUAUGCUUUGCUGAUGAAGUUAUUUCAUGAAGCAAUACAUGACUUAAAUUAUAAUUUCAGUGUCCAAGAAAGUAAAUAACUGCAUACGUUUGGUGUUAAAAUUAGAUUAUGUUGGGUAAAUGUUCGCUCGAGUUAAUCGUAUUCUAGUUUUAUUAGCUUAAUUUAUUUUAUCACUGCAUCAUCGGUUAUUUUACAAAUGUAAUUAAAUUAUUAUUCAAUGACUCUCAAAUCAAUUACGAUUCUCGAUAAAAACACACAAACUAUUAAUUCAUUUUUUUUGUUUCGUCAUUUGUCAAAGAAUUUCACUCUAAAACUGUUAAUACACAAACGUAUUAUUCCAUAAUGAAUCUUCAAUCAGGUGACACAACAAGAAACCAUAUCGUGUAUAGAUUAAUGGAAAAUUAAGUUACCCUGAAAAGCUCAAUUACAUAUCUUCGAAAGAACCAAAAAAUUAGAACGUUUCAAUUAUAAACAAAUUGUGUGAACAAAUUGCGUAUUUCUGUUAUAAUUUACAAUCUGCCAUUGCAAAUUACAAAUUGU